AUGUUUCCAUUGGGCGCACAAAGAGACUUUGUUUCAACCCUGCUGUGUGUGAUGUUUGCCAUCACCUCGGGCCAGUAUGAGAGCUACAGCUUCAGACGUUUCCCCGAGCAGGAGCUGAUGCCACUGGCCGCCGCCUACGGGACGGCGCUGCAGCUUUACGCAGCGGGGAACUGGACGGAGUCGGUGCGCUACUUGGAGCGGAGUCUGCGUCUGCGCCGGCUGCUGAGGGACAGUGUCGGGUACUGUAUGCGAGUCUGCAGCAACAGCACGCACAACCAGCCGCCUGUAGCGGGAUCCCCGGAUCUGCGCGUCUAUUGGCACGUCCUGAUGAGCGCGUCGUGCCAGAAGAAGUGCAGGGAGACGCUCCCGGCCCUGCAGCUGCCUGUCCCCAGCAGGGAGCUGCUGCAGGAAUACAGCAGGAGGGAUCCAUACAGAUACCUGCACCAUGCAUACGCACAGCUGAACAACCUGCAGAGGGCUGUCCCGUGUGCCUUCACUUUCCUCCAGAGGAACCCAGAGGACCAGGAGAUGAGCCAACUCAUGGAGGAAUACAAGAAGGAGUACGACCUGAGUGGCUUCCUCAUUGACCUAGAGGAGCAGCCCCAUGAGGCCUCCUUUGUGAGAGGAGUGACGCUGGUCAGCUCGGGGGACUAUGGCAGCGGCGUUGAACACCUGGAGGAAGCUCUGCAGCUCUACCUGCAGGAGUUUGACCUCUGUCAGGCCAGCUGUGAGGCCGUCAGCCAGCUUUCACCAGACAAGGACUUCUACACCAUCAUAGCAGAAGUUUAUGUCGACACAUUAAAGUGCAAGCUAAGGUGUGAGGAAAACCUGAAGCCCAAUGUUGGCGGCUACUUUGUUGAGAACUUUGUGGCCACCAUUUACCAUUACCUCCAGUACGCCUACUACAAAUUGAAUGACGGCCGCAGAGCCGCGCCGUGUGCGUACAGCUACUUCCUGUUUGAGCCUGAAGACAACGUCAUGAAGCAGAACAUGUUGUAUUAUGAAGCCUAUAGUGAACAGUGGGGCCUCCAGUCUGACCACUUCACCCCGCGAACGGAAGCUGUGAAACACUACAACCACACCAACACUCAAAAGCAGAUGUUGAGAUAUGCAGAAAUGUACAUAGAGCAGGAUAUUGAGGAUUUUCUUGGACUGGAGGAAGCUGCAUUACUGGCGUCCGAGUCUCCUGAUGCUGAGUUUGAAGGGAUCGGAGAUUACGAGGAGUCCAUCUACGCCAACUGGAGGCAGCCAAAGGGAAAAGGGGAUGCUGGCGAGUCAGAUAUCUGAAGAGCACUGAGAGUGAGGAGCAGUGAUUUCAGCAUCACUCCAAGCAAAUUCAUCAUACAGGGUAUCCAUAGAUGAUCUGGCUUGGUUUACCCUAACAAUCAGCAGUGUGUUGAAAGAACAUGUCAGAGUUAAAACAACUUUGUAGCUUUUGUUAGAUGAAAACAAUGUGAAUCAAAGCAGUUUGGAGCAGCUAAUACUGGCACAGGGGGCAAUAGACCCGUGUCAAAA